UUCUUUAGAAAUAAACAACGGACAAACAGAGUUUUUAAACGCUUAAGAUGUAAAGUUAUUCGCUGUCAAAGUGACGCCAAAAUGAAGGGGAGUCAAUGGAAUGCUAACGGCGGGUGAUGGCUUGUUAGCUAGUCUCCCCAUUGACGGUAAGCUGACAGGUAUCGUGCCUAGGUAGGCUACUAGCUAUACUAGCUAUAUCCACGCCAGGAUUUGUAGCCCCUGCCCACGGGAGCGCGCGAGUACCCCGUGGCAUGCACUCAGAGCGGAGUUUAAAACUGUUGCACUUCGAAUUCAUCUCUUAAAUACUCGACAGGAUUUUCCAUAAUAACAAGGGUCUCAUUUAUCUACAUAUACGUUUAUUUGUCUGUUUCAUUAAGGCGACGUGUAAAUUGUUUAAUGCUUCGUUUAUUAUUGUGGAUUAAUCGACAGUGUUUUCCAAAAGUUCCAUAUUGGCAUGCACCUUAGCUACAUAGGCCAACUGAUAGUGAGUCAUGCAGGUUUAUGAACAAUAUUUUUUCCUCGUCUUUGCUAACCCGUCCCUCCCUGCCCUCUAACGUGAUUUCUGUUUUAAUUUAAUUUAGUUUAAUAUGGCUUUUUAAUUAACCGCUUUGUUCAUGUAAGUUACAGAGGGAUAUACACAAAAUAUCAGGCCGUUUUUUCACCUGAUAUAAUAUCCCCUCCCCUAAAAUGUAAAGGGUCUGUCCUCUCCUCAUGUGUGUUAUUUUCUGACUUUACCAGGUCACAAUAAACAACCUGAGAUAAUAUGGAGAUGUCUGCUGUUUUUUAGCAAUAUUUAGAUUAUUAUAUAUAUUAUGUCAAUGAGUACCUUGGCACGACACCGGAACUAUUGUACGGUGGUCUCUGUUGCAUCAGGGUACCACCAGCGGACGGACACGUACUUGUUUUCGUUUUCAAACCAUUUCUCUAUUUAGCUGUGCUUAUUGUUACCUACAUUUUUUUUGUAUAAAUUAGUAACGUUAGAUAGAUUAGCGUAACUAACGUUAGCUAAACAAUGGUAGUGUUUGUAAUACGGGAUUACGUUAGCUAGCAUUUUUGGGGUAUGACUUUAGAGUAUUUUUAGCUAACGUUACCUUUACAUUGCUAAUAUAUGCUAGUCACGCAAUAGUACGAUUCUGCUAGCUGUCGUUAACCGCAUUAGAUACAUCUAAUAUGUUCAAGCUUUGUGUUGACACGUUGAAAAACGCAACACUGUAUAUGACAUCUACAUUUUAGCUUGGUCUUAACUGACCUCAAAUAACGUAACGUUAGCGGAUGCACACUCGCCCAAUACUCCUCUAACGUUAGCGUGUGUAAGGGUUAACGUUAGCUAGCUACACGCCAACGUUAGAUGUUACAAAAUCAUUUGGGCUAUAUUAAGCAACGCAGGAAAGUGACGUUUGAGUUGCCAGCCAGUGUAGCUACGGCUUUGGGGAAGUCAGGCAUGACUUGAAGUGUGCAUUGCUCCAGAGAAUCCUAUCGCCUUUGCAGUGGUAAAAGGCUAAUUACCAUCGGUGGGAUAUUUGGUCUUGUUUACCUGCAAAAUGCCUGGCCUCGUGGUGUUUGGUCGGCGGUGGGGGAUCGCCAGCGACGACCUUGUUUUCCCCGGCUCCUUUGAACUGUUCGUCCGUGUGCUUUGGUGGAUUGGCACCAUGAUCCUAUUCACUUAUCACAAGGGUCAUUUUGAUUGUAAUGGGAGAGGAGUUCUUCACAGCUAUCUGGUUGGACUGUUGGUUGUGCUGGCGCUCAUCAUCCUGUCACUUUGUGCUAUUGUCUACGUCAGUGCCCAAGGGACUAUCACAAACCCCGGCCCACGGCGCUCUAUCCCUGCACUGGUGUACCUGCGAGCUAUCCUGUACAUCCCUGAGCUGGUGUGGGCCUGUCUGGGAGCUGUCUGGGUGUCUGAUGACAGCAAAGGCUGCGAUCCUGCCACCGUGGGUGCUGUCAUCACAGCAGUGGUUGCCAGCUGGAUCAUCCUGCUGUUCACUGGGUUGGGCGUGAUAUUUGUGUUUGACCCGAUGGGGAACCCCCGUCCUCAGCCUGCUGCCAUGGAGCCACUGGGAGUAAGAGACCUGCAGAGCAACGAGGGCACCCAGUUCUUCUCCACGGCUCGCUCUCUGGCUGUCAAGGUGUGGGAAAACAGGCUGCGGCUCCUGUGCUGUUGUCUGCCGCAGGACGAAAGCCACCGAGCAGCGUUCUCCAGCAUCGCGCAGCUCGUCGGUGGAUUCUUCUCUGACACAGACCUGGUCCCCAGUGACAUAGCAGCUGGUUUGGCUCUGCUGCACCAGGAGCAGGAUAAAAUGGAGCAAAGUAGAGACCCAGACGUCAUGGUCGAUCACAGCCCUUCCUCUCCCAUCGGAGAAGAUUUGGAGACUGAGUUGGAGAAAGCCGCUCACUGUAUGCGAUUUGCUGCAGCAGCCUAUGGCUGGCCGCUGUACGUUUACUCCAACCUCCUAACUGGGCCCUGCAAACUUAGUGGAGACUGCUGUAGAGGUCGUGCAGCCGAGUAUGAAAUCGUCGGAGGGGACCACCUCGGCUGUCACUUUUCAUCCAUCCUGCACAGCACUGGUUUGCAGUACAGAGACUUCAUUUACGUCAGCUUCCACAACCAGAUCUAUGAGAUCCCCUUCUACGUGGCUCUGGAUCAUAAGAGAGAGGCUGUUCUUGUGGCUGUCCGAGGAACACUGUCACUGAGGGAUGUCCUAACAGACCUGUCUGCUGAAUGUGAGAACCUGCCUGUAGAAGGAGUGUCUGGAGCCUGCUACGCUCACAAGGGCAUGUGCCAGGCGGCAGGUUACAUCUACAAGAAGCUGGUCACUGAUGGCAUCCUGAACCAGGCCUUCUCCAUUGCACCGGAGUAUAAACUGGUCAUCACAGGCCACAGUCUGGGAGCUGGCACAGCAUCACUGCUAGCUAUCCUCUUGCGCAAUUCCUUCCCCACCCUGCAGUGCUACUCAUUCUCUCCGCCAGGGGGACUCCUGAGUAAAGCCUUAGCUGAUUACUCCAAGGACUUUGUGGUCUCGGUUGUGCUGGGAAAGGAUUUGGUACCCAGAUUGAGCAUUCCCAAUAUGGAGGAUCUGAAGAGAAGGAUUCUUAAAAUAGUUUCAAACUGCAAUAAGCCCAAGUACCGCAUCCUGCUGCAGGGAUGUUGGUACGAGCUCUUUGGAGGAGACCCCGAUGACUUCCCCACUGAGAUGGACAACAGGAGGGAGGAGGAGCUUAGCCAGCCACUGUUGGGGGAGGAGUCACUGAUGAUUCGCCACUCAUCAUCCUAUCAGAGCCUGGCGUCUGAUGACUCCCCUGCCCAUACUGCUGCUCACUUACCUCUCUUCUUGCCUGGACGCGUUCUGCAUAUCACAGAAGAUGGGCCAUCACGGAGAGGCCUGCAGCUAAAAAGUUCAACUUUUGAAGAAACGCAACCCGAUGUCACGCUGCCGUUUCCAAUCAUGUGUGAGUCUGUUUUGUCAGUCCCUUUUUUGAGGCAGUGUGAGAGUCUUGUACAGUAAACAGGAAACAUCACUGCCUCUAUAGCUGCCACUAGAUAGAUAGAUAGAUAGAUAGAUAGAUAGAUAGAUAGAUAGAUAGAUAGAUAGAUAGAUACUUCAUUCAUCUCCGUGGGGAAUUUUGAGUGUCCAGCAGCUCACACAUAAACACACAUUCCCAUACAUCACACAGUUCUCCAUAAUAAAUACAAUGCAAAUGCAAGGGAGUUAAAAACAGGAUAAGAACAAUACAAGAAAGUCUGAAAACAUGGAAACACUUUGAGGGUAGAAACAAAACACAAGCACUCAGACGCCCAGGCAUUGGUGUACCAGCUGCAGGUUCCCUGCAACAACAAAGCACUGUCCCUUUCUCUGUGAAAUGAAGCUGCUUUCAAGUGUGGUCGCUAAUGUGGAAAUCUAUAAACGAUCUGACGGAAAACGGUACUUGUGAAAUAUAAAGUCGACUUGUGCUACUUUGGGGGGGUUAAAGAACACAACAGGACGUCACACAAAUGGGCCAUCCUUGGUCUGAACUAGGGAUGCGCCCAAUCCAGGAUUGGGCUUCGGAUUGGGCUUCGAAUAUUGGGCUUUUUUAGAAUUUUUUUUCCCACCGAACCCUUCGCUUGCACUACGCUCGCUACGCUGGUCGACGUGAUGACGCCGCCGUUGAUUACA